AUGGUCAAAGAAUCCAGUAUAUUCACUAAGGUCUCCUUCCUAUUUGAUCUGAUCUCUAUAGUCAUGAAUAUCCACCAUGCCAAUGCUGCUUGUCUCAACCAAGAACAGAUAUAUAAAUUAUGUGAGGCAGGGGCAGAACUUGUGCAGCCUGGAAGAAGCUGCUGGGUUUGUUUUGCUACCGAUGAGGAUGAUCGGACAGCAGAGUGGGUGAGACCUUGCAGGUGCAGGGGCUCGACGAAAUGGGUUCAUCAGACUUGUCUACAGCGCUGGGUGGAUGAAAAGCAAAGAGGAAACAGUACUGCUAGAGUUGCUUGUCCUCAGUGCAAUGCAGAAUAUUUAAUAGUAUUUCCAAAGCUAGGUCCAGUUGUUUACGUUUUGGAUCUUGCAGAUCGACUGAUCUCAAAGGCAUGUCCAUUUGCUGCAGCUGGAAUCAUGGUGGGCUCUAUAUACUGGACAGCUGUUACAUAUGGAGCUGUGACGGUGAUGCAGGUUGUGGGCCACAAAGAAGGUCUUGAUGUCAUGGAGAGAGCUGAUCCUUUAUUUCUUUUGAUUGGACUUCCCACCAUCCCAGUCAUGCUAAUAUUGGGCAAGAUGAUUCGUUGGGAGGACUAUGUGCUCAGACUGUGGCGCAAAUACUCUAAUAAGCUACAGAUUUUGAACAGCAUAUUUCCAGGCAUUGGAUGUCCUGUUCCUCGUAUUCCAGCAGAGGCCAACCCUUUGGCAGAUCACGUCUCUGCCACGCGUAUUCUGUGUGGAGCUCUAGUUUUCCCUACUAUUGCCACGAUAGUCGGCAAGCUGAUGUUCAGCAGUGUUAACUCAAAUUUACAAAGGACAAUCUUGGGUGGAAUUGCUUUUGUUGCUAUAAAAGGAGCUUUUAAGGUUUACUUCAAACAGCAGCAAUAUUUGCGCCAAGCUCACCGCAAAAUUUUAAAUUAUCCUGAGCAAGAUGGAGCAUAAGGCUGUGAUCUCCCGAUGUCGUACAGUCUCAUCUAACAGGUUUCCAUGUUGUGUUGGUUCCAUCAUUAUUGCACAGUAGUGGAGAAUUGUGAUAAGUUGCUGCUCCUAUUUUUUUUUUUCUUUAAAUAUAAUAAAGCACUGUCUUGUGGCAGGGUAAAUCCUUUCAGCAACCACUGAACCUCAGAAUGUGACUUGGCUUUCAUUAUUUUUGGGUAUUUCUGUUGGGCAACAGGCUUCUGAAUUAUUGUCUUUGAGCCAAUAUGCUGAAUGGGGAAAAAAAAAGCAUCAACUAUAGAACAAGAACAUUUUAAAUUGUGUAGUUAAUGUAGGCUAUAUCCAAAUGCCUUUUCUAUACAUGUUUUCAUACCCUCGAUAUCAUGCAGUUCAGCAUUUCACACAAUGAAAGGAAUUUUUUUUUAGAAGGGAAACGUGAGUCAUUACGAAGGCGAAGUAACUGUGGGACACCAGUCAAUAAAUAUUUCCUUGGUUUUUUUUCUGGUAUCAAACAGGGAGUGUAAAAUACUCAAAUGACUGGUCAGAGAAAACAGGACUCGUGUGUCAGCUUUAGCCACCUAAGUACUAGGUGUUGAAAUCAGCAUGGCUUCCAGGUGACUGUUUUAUCACUGAUAACUUUUACUGUCCUGUUGUAUUUUCUGCAGUGCCUAGUGUUAUUUUCUUCUGGCUCUUUUACUGUUUUGUAACUGGUGCUGGAUAGCACUUCUUUCCCUUCACAGUAAAAUAAUUACAUGGGGGGAAGUAAAUUUUAGUUGCUUAUUUUGCAGUUAAGCGUUGGAGCAUUUGUUUAGUUUUCACGUUCCUUUUGAUUAUGUAAAUAUCUGUACAAGUACAAAGAGCAGUAGUGUGAGGAAACUACAUUGGACGCUACAGCUACCUUUAAACUGACAGAUAGGGCAUCCUUCCGCACUUCCAGACCUGGGUGCGUAACUGGGCUCUCUACUGGGACUAGGCUCCCUUCUGCCCCUACCAGCUCUAGUGGAAGGAUGGGCUGGAAGGGGUUGACACUACACUUUGGGUUCCCAGUCUGAGCACAGUACCUACCAGCAGGCUACGCGCUCUUAAGACAACUUGGCUCCAUUCUGUAAAGGACUCAAGGAUAAGUCUUAAAUGUAAUAAACAUGAGCUUAUUUAUACAGUAAGCUUUACUGCUACAGUAUGUUCAAAGUAGCCAGCUGAGGGAGACAUUAGCACUUCAGUUAUCUGAUGUAUUUAUAAACUUAAUUUCAACAGAAAUUAACUGUUUUGUGAAGUUAAAUUUUGACAAACAUAAUAUUGCUAUUUAAUAUUCACACCAGACCUAACCUAGAUUUAGUACUUGAAGUUUUUUCUUAAUAACAAUUCAUUUGUUUUUCUCAAAGUUGGGGUUUUCUUUUCCUUGUUCAUAUUAGUAUGUCAAAUGCAUGGAGAAAGAUUUUUUUUUUUUCCUUAAAAAAAAAAAUCUUGUAGUGGAAGUAUUCAUAAGUACAUAUUUCUAUUCACCAGAAAUGAAGUAAAUGCAGAAUGGACUUCAUAUUUGACUGCAAUAAUGUAUGUUAGAGAAAUUAAAAAUAUGGUACUUUUUCUAUAGUAUGUUUAUCUUAAUUACUGAGAUGUAAUAUUUUAGAACUGUACAAAAGUGUAUAUAAUGACCAACUAGUAUUGAAAAACUAUACAGGUAUUGAAAAUUAUACAUUCAAUCAAUAUCAAAUACUUUUGAGGUUCUUGCUGUAACUGAAGAAUUACUAUAAUCUUGUAAGUCUGCUGAUUAUAUUUGUCUUAGUGGGCUCACUUUUAUAUAAAACUCUAACUACAGAGGAACAACCUCUGAAAGUUGCUGCUUUCUGUAAGAUAGUCUUGAAACAACAGAAUACGUAUUUCUUACAGGAUUCCUGAUUUCAAGAAAACAGCUUUUGGGUGGUCUUCACUGUAUAUAUUUCCAAUGAAUUUAUUACUGUUUUUUAAAGUCUUGUGAAGAAUUGAAAGAUGCAAAUUAGUGGGCUUGAAACUUGUUCCAUGGGAAAGCUCAUUGUCUCCUCUGGAAGUUAAAGCUAUUGUAAAAAUACAACUAUAAAAAUACUGUAUUGAUUAUAAAAUGUUUCACCUGAGUAGCAGAAGGCCAUUACUGUGUUGUAAAUCUUGUUUUUAAGUAUUGCAAAUUAUAGUUAUGUUGAAUUAGGUUGAAUAAAUAUUUUUUACACUCCCUUGUGUAUUUUGUCAGUUGAAGAAAAGCCUGUAGCAAAACUUCUGAAUGAAAAAUGUGUUUUGUUUUAAUGCAUAUCUAAGGAUUUAUAUAAUCAGUUUUAAGUUGAUAGCCUAAAGAAAUGUCUUGGGGGUGAAGGAAAAAUUACUGUUAAGACUUAAAACUUACAUUCACUUUUUUCUGCCCCCUCCUUUCUAGUGAUCAAUAAAUGAUGUAGGGGAAUGCAUUUCUCAAACAUUUAAAGCAUAAGAACUGUUGCAACACUAAUAACUCCUGGUAAUACAGAACUGGUGUUGGGAGUUACUCUGUAUCUCUGGGUUGGCUGCUCUGCAGCAUUUAUUUGGGGAAUAGACUGAUCCCUCCUCCCUGAGAAAGACAAUACUGGCUGUAGGAAGUGUUUUUUUCACCAAUGGCUAAUUUAUGUCCCAUUGCUUUUAGAACAAGGAAUAUGAGAUGUUAUCUAGCAUUUCUCAGUGUACUUUAUCUGUAACUUGGUUUCUCUUUGCCUGCCAUUACAUCAACAUAAAGGCACAAAUUAUCUGGGCCAUGAUUAUGUAAAUACACGGGAGGUGCUUGUCCCCUUCUCUCUCUCUCUCCCCUCCUAUCUUGAACCCUUCGAUUUAGGUGGAACCCUACUAUACUCUUCACUGUUUGUUGUUUGAAUGGUGGUUCCUUCAUCCUCUUUCCCCUGCAAAAGCUUUUCUUUGUAACAAUUUGCAUGAGUUGCCUGGUUUGAAGUAUACCAGUUCCCUCCUCACCUGGAGUUGUUUCCCAAAGGUUAGCUGUCUCCCGUGGUUAUCAGAGGAGGAUCCAGCCAUGUAGCUAUUCAGGGCCUCUCCAGCGUUUGGAGUAGUUCCAUGCUUGUAAGAAAAGAUAUGCUUAGGUAUUGUGACUCCAGUCAGAAUUAUCUAUUUUAACCGAGGACACAAUUUUUACUAGGAUUUCAGCUGCCUAAUGUUUAUCGUGGCAGCUGUGAGGAUUCCCCUUUUUUUAAAUGCAUACUGUGAAACUUGGACAAGUUUACAGAGUAGGUGUUUGAAGGAUGUUUGGAGUAGCUUUUACUAGCUGCUGCUUAGAAGAGUUUUCAACCACAGACAAGUAUGUCUCUGUUUGCAUAGUGGUUUUUACUGAUGGAGAGAACUGGGAGAAGUAGAAUACAAAGGUCAUGGAUCCAUUUACUGUUGCGUCAGUAAUCUUGCUUUU